UUUGCAAACAGGUGAGUAACCUUUCAUGGUCGUACACAGUUUGAAAAAUGAGACAACGACUCGCCGAGUGGAGCGGCUUAAUUUCACCCGCGCGCACGUCCUUUUCCAAUGAGCCGAACCACAAGGCAAAAGUAGACAUUUACAAGCCUGUUUUCAUUUUUUUUAUAUCACGUGGACUGUUUUUUCAUCCACCAGCAGUCAAUGCAAGUCAAGUUCAUCUCCAACUAUUAAUUAGGUGUAAUAAGGCCCAAUAACAGGUUCCAAAGUUGGUUUGUAUCGUUUGUUUAGCGAAUAUUCCCGUGUUCUCUUUUCUCCAUAACAAUACGAAUGCCGAAACCGAAUUCAGAGAGGCAGCGUCGGGUUCAAAGGUGUCAUGACAAUACUUGAGUUAUUUCCUUUUUGAAUUCAUUAUGAAAAAUACAAUAACUAGCGGUUAUGAGCCAAAAAAAGCAGAGGCAAGCAAUCAAGGUCAGAAUAAAAAAAAAGGGAACAAUAAAAAAUUAUCCCAUUUUUUUAGGCCAAUGGAUUGCGUUUCCGCCCAUUGAUUGCCAAGAGCACCCAACCGCCUCGUGCUUUUCUAAUUGCUACCCAUACUCGCAUCAUUGCUUGGUCUUGAUGACCUUUUUUAAGCUUUCAAAAAGCAGUGAUAAGAGCUUAUACCCCUGGUCAAACCGUAAGCUUGGCGGCCACAGUCAUUUUUCACCGAGAUGGGGUCACGCUGCCACUUCUGUUCCUGGAGGCAAUAUCCUCAUUUUUGGCGGAAUGCAUCGCGGUCAUGCCAAGAAAGACCUGAUUGCAAUCGAUACAAGUAACCUGUCAGCCAGUGUCAUUAACGCACACGGCGAUAUUCCCCCACAACGUUGCUCAGCCACGUUGGCAACCCUAGGUCAUUGUGCGUUACUCUAUGGCGGUGCUCCUAUUCAACGCGACCAGAUCUGGGAUAUCAAUGUUUAUGCGUUUCAAAUCAAUACUCGGCAAUGGAGUCGUAUCAUUUUGGAAGGCGAAGCACCCAUGCAGCGAUCAGGACACUCCGUGGCGGUGAUGGAUGGCAUGAUGAUUGUUUGGGGUGGACAGUGCGGGACACACUACUUCAAUGAUUUUUUUGCUUUCCAUUUAUAUCCCUCCAGUGCAUCCCAUGGUCAAUGGCGAACGAUUCUUGCCAAAAACGAAGGCCCCAGUCCUCGUGCCGGUCAUGGUUCCGUGGUGUACCAAGAUAAACUUUACAUUUUUGGAGGAAUGGACGAUCAGCGACUUUAUCAGGACAUGUGGUGCUACGACUUUGAAACUCGAUAUUGGGCCUGUCUCCGUACCGUCGGUUACAUUCCGUCACCGCGCGCUUACUUUGGGUGUACCCUGAUGGAUGGCGUCAUUUAUGUAUUUGGUGGUCACGGCGCCGCGGGACAACGUGUGGAUUAUCUAGGCGACUUGUGCGGUUUCAAAAUAUCCAGUCAACGUUGGUAUAUGUUUCGAAACAUGGGAACCGCGCCUUCACCACGGGACCACCUGAGCUUCACCAGUGUCAAGGGCAAAGGUUACAUCCUCGGAGGAUCGGCGGACCAUCCAAAAAUGGACGAUGCCGCCCUGGCUUACAUCUUGGACAGCUCCAAAAUCAAUUACCCUGCUGAACCUGUACCUACAUCGCCACCCCCGUCUGCAACGUUUUUUUCACCCAAUAGACUCACUUCACCCUCGCUUCAUUCUGAUCCCUCAUCCCCUCUCUCACCCACGCUCGCUGUCAAUCAUCUUCCGGUACCGCCAAUGUCGGACAUGCAGGAAUGUCCAUCGAUGGAUCCAGCAAUGUCCUUUUCUUCUUCUCCUUCCAUGAUAUCCACCGACCACCUCAAUGGCCAUACGAUCGAUACUCCAGCCGAACCGAAUCAUAGCUCUUUUGAUUCAUUGCCGCAUGAAAUCAGGCUACCCUCCGGGAACCCGCCACCGCGGCCAUCGCGGGAAGGCGUGCAUUUAGAUUGCGGGUAUCAAGAUACGUUGGACGUCGACGUGAAAGAAGAAGCAUCAGCGCGAAUGGAUCCAAGACAUGCCAACACUGUGCAAACAGAACAAAGUCGGGAAUCCGGAUUGGCACCGUGCAGGGGGUCGGUGAGUGCACGGACCUUGCCGCGCUCCUCGGCAUUGGACCCGGAGGAGCUGCAUGCAUUACUGUAUGAAAUACACGCACGUGAUGCGACCAUUCGUGAUUUAAAGAUCAAGGAGCAGUGGUGGGCCCUCGAGACUGCGCUCAGCCACCAAGACGAUCCUCAACGCCUGGACGAAAAGACAAAAGAGAUCAUUCAGCAUCGGAACGCCAGUCACACCGACGAAAAACUGUUGACGCAACUCAUGGCGGCCAAAUCCUUGUUACAAAAGGCCAAAAGCACUGCAUCUCAACAGAGCCAUCUCAUGUCGCGAAAACUAGAUCAAGCCGAUCACGCCCGAGUCUCUGCAUUGAAUGAAGCGGCGUACUAUCGAUCGAAAUACGAGGCCAUCACUCAACAGCAAACUGACGAUCUUGUCCACAUUGAGCGUGAGCGUAUCCUAGAUUUACAAAAGCGAUUGACCUCGGCAUUAAAUGAAAACGAUGCGGACAGCCAAUUGCUUCAGCAAUUGCAGCGACGAACGCAACUGGAUCAGUUGGGUCGAGUAAGAGCGGAGGAAGCGGCAAAUCAAGAUCAAGAGCGGGCCAAAAAAGCGCAACUAUCACACCAACGGACGCUGACGGAACUGUGCUUGCUGCAUCAGCGUACGGUGGAAGCGGAAGAACAAGCGCGUAAAUAUGUGGUGGAAAUCGCUCACUUAUCGAGUCGAUUGGCGGAUGAUUUGAUGCAGUACCAUCUUCACGAUGACCGAUCCGAAGUCAUGAUUAAACAAUCGCAACUGGAAUCGGCCCAUUUUGUGGCGCGGAAUGAGACCGCGUUGUUACGACGACAACUGGCGGAAAGCAAAGAUGACAUUGCGCGAUUGCAUACGUUGCUAUCAGAAAAAGAGGAAGCCAUCAGCGAAUCUCAGCACCGGCUGGAGAAAUGUCGACUGCAAAUAGAUUUCUGGAAUCAACGCCAACCAGCCGCAACACCCCAUUUCAAUAAAAUCAAUGGCGCAAAUGAGGCGGCCGAUUGAUUCGUUAUAGGAAAAAAAAUUACCAUGGUUGU